AUGGAGCUGAGCAGGAGAGAGGUGCCUCUCUACGUGAGUACACUGUUCCUAACGAGAGGAGGAAACCAGGGCCAGGCGAAGGUGUUUGCGUUGCUGCCUGCCCUCGAGCCACUCCUCGAGGAAUGUGAGGUCUUCGUCGUUCUAGAAGGAUCCACUCUGGCCCAUGUCAUCAGAGUGCAAAGAGAUGUUAUGCUUUGCUUCAUAGUGCCUGGUCAUAACCUGGCAGAGGUGGUCCUAGUUCAUGCCUACGUUUGCUCGGAUAACUCACCCCUCACGUUUGUGGGAGGGGCCAGUCUAGAGUACAUUCAGGAUGAUGCCCAGGAACUGGCCGAGCACCUGGUGACCCACAGUCAGUGUCUGACUUCCAGGGAUCACAGCGAGCUAAGCAGCCUCUUCUCCCUGGGCCAGGAGACCACUCGCUGGGCCAUGGACCACCACCUAGCCCUGGCCGUGGCCAACCUGGACAUCCCCCCAUCCUGGAGCCUGCUGUCGGGCCCCUGUGGACAGGAUGGCUCCCCCAGAGAGUCUAUCCUCCACCUGGCGGUGCGCUGGGGCCUGUGGCGACUGGCUGAGCUGCUGCUGUGCCAGCCAGGAGGCCUGCUGGCCGUGUCCCUGCCCAACGAGGAGGGCAUCACCCCCCUACAGCUGGCACAGGCCGCCGGGCACCCAGACAUGCUGGAGCUACUUUCACACCCCCCCAACCCCUUGGCCACGCCCCCUGCAGGUCUGUCUCAGGUGUGGGCCGACAGGUCCCGCCUCCUCAGGUACGCCCACCACUCGGAGAACCUGACCCUCACGGUCCGACAGAACCACGUGUGGAACCAGAACCCUCCUUGGAACCGACACAACGACAUCCGGAUCCUGAGAGAGAGACUCGGAGACGAGAACUUCCUCAGAGAGCUCAAGUUUUUCUGGCGUGGUUCCGGUCGAGGUGAGGAGCGAGAAGAGGUCCUGGAUCAACCCGAGGAGGGUGUAUUCCCUGUGUCCGUCCACGAAGGAGUCGGUGCUACAGAGGAGAAGGAACCACUGAUGUUCUGUCUGAACGAGGAGGAAGAGGAGGACGAGGAAGAACGAUCACUGUCUGAGACGGAGAAGAGUCAGUCUUUGGGAGGUGCUGAGACAGGCCCCUCCUCCACGCUGUCCGCUGCCUCCCGAUUGGCCACCCUGAUUGGCCAUGGGCAGGACCAAGUGUACGCCAACGCCAUGCUGGUAGACCAGGGGGACAAGCUGGAGAUGAAGUACCGUUCCCCAGGGGAGGGCAGCUGGCCUGCUGGCUGGGAUGAGUUCAGAACCAGCCCCCGUGGAGGCUCCCACCUCCAGGAGCCCGCUCCCCCCCACCCCUGGGGGCCCCAGACAGGAGCCCUCAGCCCCGACAUGCCCUGUCAUUCCCCUCCUCCUCCCCCUCCGCUCCCCCCGCCGCCCCACUCCCCCUCUCCUUCCUCUCCCCGGGCCUCCCCCUUCCUGUCGGCCGGGCGGGCACCCAGCUCCUCUCACUCCCCUGGACGCCUUCAGAGAGACGGCGUCCUCCGCAGAGAGACCCCAGGAGAGACCUACGCUCAGAGUUCCAGUGUGGAGGGUGCAGACGGGGACAGUGGAGAGGAGGACAUCCUGGGCCACUCCUACCCGUUCACGUCGCCACGGAAACGGCCCACGCUGCAGUCCUGCCUGGAAGAGAGGGACUCCUUCGACUCCUCCCCGGACCUGACCCGCACACACUCCGACAGCACACAAACCGCUGGGAAGGAUCCCAGGGAGGCGGAGCUUCGCCUACGCUCCUACUCCUACUCCUCCCCCAAGGGCCGUCGGCCCCGCCCCCGGUUCACCCGGGACGCCGCAAUCUCCGACCUUGCAGAAGAUGGUGUGUUGUUCAGCAGAGGAACCUCCCUCCUCCAGGCCCUCUCUCUCUCUAAACCCCUCUCUCUGCUCCACCCAUCCAAGCAAAAAACAAACAGCCAGACUGAGCCCUCCAGAGAAAAGAGGGUUGCUGGGCUCCGUAAGCGGGCCCAGUCCACCGUGGAGGAGCGCAGCCUGUCACUCCAGCACCUCACCCUCUCAGAGUUCCUCAAAGAGAUUGAGGACGAGGAGUGGGACAAGUACAGCGUCCCCUCCAAGGCCGAGGCGGACAAGUACAAGGUCAGCCGCACCUUCAGCUUCCUGAAGAGCCGGAUGUCCAGCGCGCGCAGCAAGACCAAGGUGAAGGGGAAGGAGGCGAAGGAAGUGAAGGAAGCGAAGGAGGUGAAGGAGGCGAAGGAGAAGACAGAGGCGUGUAACGGACUCCAGUCGGCUCCGGGGUCACCGUCUGGUGCGUCGCAGGAGAAGAGCGCAGCGCCCAUGUUGAAGAUCAAAGCCUCCUCCUUCUCUCAGAACUCCGUGGUGAGAGAAGGCUCCCUCUCCUCCUCCCCCUCCUCCUCCUCUCUCCCUAUCAUGAUCUCCCGAGACAGGAGAGACCCAGCAACAGCUCUCUCCAAGAGCCCCUCAGUCUCCACAGCCAGGAGGAGGAGCGAAGUGACGGGAGUGGACUGCAUCGAGGGGGGCACGUGGCCUAGCGACCCCCUCGGCGAGGAGGAGUCCAUGGAGGCCCCCAGCGUUACCCAGGAACUGGUCGACGCCCCCCUGCUCAGCGACCUAUCAGCAGAGCUGCUGGGUCUGGAGGCGGAGUCUUGGAGCUUGGCGGUGUCCCCGGAGUUCUGCAGGAAGUACGACAAACACACAGUCAAGCGGCAGGACAUCAUCUAUGAGCUGAUGCAGACCGAGCUGCACCACAUCCAGACCCUGGGCGUCAUGGCCGACGUGUUCAGGCGGGGCAUGCUGGAGGAGCUGCAGAUGGACCCGGCCAGCGUCUCCCGGGUGUUCCCCUGUCUGGACGCCCUGCUGCAGCUGCACUGCGGCCUGUUCUCCUCGCUCCAGGAGAGGCGGCUGGCGUCCACCCCGCCCGGGGACGCCGACUACCUCAUCCCCAGCGUGGGAGACGUCUUGCUGAUGCACUUUUCAGAGGACAGCGCUGAGAGGAUGAAACAGGUGUACGGGGACUUCUGCAGCCACCACACCGAGGCGGUCAAUCUCUUCAAGGAGCUCCAACAGCAGAACAAGAAGCUGCAGGUGUUCGUGAAGCAACAGAGUAACAACUCAGUGGUGAGGAGGAGGGAGGUGCCUGAGUUCAUCCUGCUGGUGACCCAGCGCAUCACCAAGUACCCCGUCCUGCUGGAGAGAAUCCUGCAGUACACCCCGGAGAGCAGCCAGGAGCACGAGGACCUGUCGCGCACGCUGGCCCAGGUCCGAGAGAUCCUCACGGCCGUGGACCAGAGCGUGAGGCUGUACGAGGAGGACCAGGAGCUCCAGGAGGUUCUGUCCCGCGUGGAGAACAAGAGCCUGGCCAAGCUGAAGAACGGGAAGUCGUUCCGCAAGCAGGACCUCCUCGGCCACCAGAGGUCACUGCAGCACAAAGGCCUGGUUUACUGGAAGACUGCUACGGGCAGGCUGAAAGAGACACUGUGUCUGCUGCUGACUGAUGUUCUGGUGUUCCUGCAGGAGAAAGACCAGCGCUUCAUCUUUGCUGCCGUGGACCAGAAGCCGCCUGUGAUCCCUCUGCAGAAGCUGAUUGUCAGAGAGGUGGCCAACGAGGAGCGAGGCAUGUUCCUGAUCUCCGCGUCCUCGGCGGGGCCCGAGAUGUACGAGGUUCACACCCCCUCCCGAGAGGAGCGCAACGCCUGGAUGAGACACAUACGCCAGGCGGUGGAGAGCUGCCCUGAGGAGGAGGAGGAGGAGGAGAAGGCCGCGGAGACCGAGGAGGCCAGGAGAACAGUUGAGGCCAGAGCCCUGAAGGCCAGCAGCUUCCAGGAGGCCCUUCGGGGGCAGGACCAGCGCAUCUGCAGCGACCUGGAGGAGAAGCUGCGGCUGUACGCGGAGCUGACGGAGCUGACCCUUCACCCACCAGAGCCCCUGCCCCAGCGCCACCUGCUGGUCCACCCUGACAAGGACACAGAGACCCCCCCUCAGGCCUCCAGCCUGCUGGCUGCUGCCCUGCUGGAGGCGGAGCAGCUGAUUUCCAGCCUGCAGGCGCAGGUGUGUGACCCCACCCCCUCUGACCAGGUGUGUGACCCCACCCCCUCUGACCAGGUGUGUGACCCCACCCCCUCUGACCAGGUGUGUGACCCCACCCCCUCUGACCAGGUGUGUGACCCCAGCACACCUGAACUCUACAACUGCUUCAGCCAUGACAGCUUCCAGGAGUCCCUCUGGGAAUCAGACUAUCUGAGCACGCUCAGUGUGAGCUCCACCUCUCUGUUGUCAGACGGUGAGUGGGCGGGGCCAGACAAGUUUCCAUGGCGCCAUGCGGCGGAGCUGAUAGGAGAUUCCCACGGUGUUCAGCUGAAGGUGGCAGACAGCGUCCAGAGUCUCACCCAGCUCAUCUACAGUCUCCAGGCAGCAGUGACACUGCAGGACAGCUGGUACGAAGUACAGAGACUUCUCCUCCUGAAGCCGGAACGCCCCUCCUCCUGUUUCCACGGCAGCACGGAGCUGGAGAGACAGAAGAGCAUGGAGCGGAGGCUGUCCGCGGGGAGGAAGGAGGAGGAGGAGAGGAGGAGCGCGGAGAGGAGGAGCGCUGUGGAGUGGAGGCUGGAGGAGGUGGAGAAGGUGCCCAAGCUGCAGGCCAGGCUGAGGCAGGAGCAGCAGCGCUGGGACCGAGAGUGUCAGGCUCGUCUGAAGCAACAGGGGGAGCAGGAGAGCGCGCUGGCCCAGCGCGAGCAGCGGUGUCUCCUGGAGACGGAGAGGCUGCGCUGCGAGCGCCGGGAGCUGGAGGAGCAGCAGGAGGAGCACCAGCGCAGCCUGCAGAGGCUGCGGGAGGGCCAGCAGAGCGUGGCCAGGGAGAGGGAGAGGCUGGAGGCCCAGCAGGGCGCCACGCCGCUGGGCCGGAGGCACGACGGCCUCCCCGUCGCCGUCCCGCCGGACGGGAGCCAGGGUCACAGUCGCUCAGGCAGCCUGGACGGCAACGGCUCAGUGUUUGUCAACAAGGCAGCCCUGCUCCAGACCCUCCAGCAGCCACCCAACCAGAACGGCCAGAACCAGGCGGUCCAGCCAGGCCAGAGGAAGACCCGGGAUAGCCCCAUCCCCAUCCCAGCGGGCCACACCCCUCGCCUCGGCCUCAGCCUCAGCCCAUGCCUCUACAACAGCCUCAACACCCUGUUGAGUCAGGCGCACAGCAAGCAGGGCUCAGAGCACUGGAGCCAGACACGUUACCUCCCGCAGCAGAUCCUCCAGACCCACCAGGACCUCCUGGGGCCUGCCAGCCGCCCCGCCAACCCCUUCUGCCCCGGCUUCACCACCGCUCACCCCGGCACCAACAACAACUUCGGCCCUCCUCUGGACCAGCUGAGUUCCCCGAGGUCGGACGUCGUGGGCCUGGGUCUGUACGGGGAGGCCUACCCCCUCUCCGCCUCCCUCGGCCCCCUCCCCGCCCCCCAGGCCUACCUCUGCCUGGGCGGACCGAACGGAGAAGACAGGGAAGAAGAGAACAUCGUGUACCUGUGAACUGGCCCCGCCCACUGAGGACUGGCCCCGCCCACUGAGGACUGGCCCCACCCACUGAGGACUGGCCCCGCCCACUGCGGCCUGCAUCGGCUGUCCUGGGAGAGAGAGAGAUAUAUAUAGGGGAAGAGAGAGAGUGUGUGUGUGUGUUUCCGGUGAUGUAUAUAAAAGUCAUUCUUUGUUCCCUUUUCUCUGGAAUAGCGUUAGCAUUUGGUCUUAGAGAGUGCCAUUCCAUGUAUUUGUGGUGUAUUUUGAAACAGUAUACAUACAUAUAAUCAGAUAUUGAAAUAAGUGCCUUAAGUACUCUUUUGGGGGGAUUCUGUGUAGCUGUGUAAGCCCUGCUACCACCCUUGAGCCUUUGCUCCUGAACAAAGCUAUUUGAAUGUCCCCUUGUCAAUCAGCUGUUUAUUCUGUCAUUGUGCCACCCUGGCCCGCUCAGUGCGCUGGCUUGAGGGUGUGGCCAGUGUGGAGUGUGUCCGCGUAAUGUGUGUCUCAGCAGGCCUUCACCCCAGAAGUACUCGAGGAAUAACGUAGGGACCCCAGGGUAACAGGAAGUAAACAUCUCCAGUCAUGUUCCUGUCAUAGUCCAGUCAUGUUCCAUUCAAACCCAGAGGCCCCCCUCCCUCCUUACCUUUCUCUCCAAAAGUGCCUUGUGUCCCCCUCAUGAUAGCCCUGUUUAGUGUCUAAUCCUGUCAACGAUGAUGUUCUCCCAUAACAGAUGUGUUGUGAUGAGGGUAUGUCAGCACAGGACUGAUUAUAAACAAUAUCGACCAGAGCGGCUUGUUAAAACACGUCUGUCUGUGUAAACAAUAGGAAAGAUCUAGUGUUGAUGUGUACUUUCAUUUCCCUUGCUCACACUUGUUAUUUAUUUUGGGUACAUUUGUUUCAUGCACUGUUUAUAACAUUUAUAUUUUUCUAUUGGUCACUCUUAAGAUGCCAAUGUAUUCCAACUACCAUAGUGCCAUAUUAAUUAUACACACUGUACAAAUUAUACAAACUGUACUGUACCAUAAAGCGUGUUCAUUAGUAAAACAAUAGUUUCAGUGAAUGCAAAAGUGUCCCCAACUGAUAUGCUAGUUAAUCCUUACUGUACUCUAAAACCAUUGUCUUCUGGACCAGCCUUCCUCAACCCCUGCUCUGCAGGUUCUAUAUAUCCCGCUUUACCAAUAAUAUUCCCCCUAUACAUUCCAACCAGCAGUGUUAUUUGUGCUUGUGAGCCAUAAGUAGCCUUUUCCAUGAGAACCUUUUAAUUGUAAAAUGCCUAUGCACCAUCCCAAAUCAAGUUUUGCUCGA